AUGAAAAAAACCCUUUUAGAGGAGAAAGAGCUGGAGGUUUUGGAGAAAAGACAUUCAGAUCUUUGGUUAAACGAAAAACGGGCAAACAAUCUAGAAGACAGUGUGAUUGAGUUUGAUGAAGAUUUGGCCUCAGAUCCAUUAGAUUCGGAAUAUGUCCCACCUAUAUCUUUGAGUGCUGGUGUUGCAAUUCAAAGAGAAGGGCACAUCAAUCAUAUUGGAAUGGUUCUGCUCUUAUGGACACAAUCAAAAGAUGGCAUUGUGGCCCUUGCUGACGGGAGAAUGGACUCACCAGGUCAUUCUGCAACCAUGCAAGCAGCCGAGAAGAGUUCAUGGACAUUUGGCGAGGUGUACUGCACCAUGUUAGUGGCGUGCAUGAGUGGGACCUGGAUCGUGCUGAACCGCAGAUGGCUGAAGGAUGUGGAGAAGUUCCUCACAUUUCGGACCACCUCACAGCUGGAAUCAUUCCAAAACCAUAUUCUGAUAUUGUCCGGCACCUCGAUUCCUUUCAGAGGAGAUGGAGAAAGGAGAAAGGUACACAGCAAAAGAGAUGGUGGAACUGCAGGAAAACCCUGGUGA